AUGCUUCCUGCCUCCGUGGAGAUCCUUUCCACAUCUCUUUCAAAGUUUCCAGCUAAAAGUUGUAAAAUCAAAGGGCGAAUAUCAAAUGAAAUUGGGAACUUAAGCAGCUUAUUGUUCCUUGAUAUUUCUGAAAACAAUUUGGUUGGAUCAAUUCCCAUAACAAUUGGAAACUUGAGAAACCUUCAGCGCUUUGACUUGAGUAACAACAAACUUACAGGAUUUAUUGGAGAUCAUAUAUGUAAAUUUCAGCAUUUGGGUGAAAUUUACUUGGGUCAAAAUCAACUUUCAGGAUCUUUUCCUAAUUGUUUAGGGAAUAUUACAUCUCUUAGGGAGGUACAUCUCGGUUCCAACAAAUUGAGUUCCAAUAUACCACAAAUCUUAGGGAACCUUAACGAUCUAGUGGUUCUUGACUUAUCUUCAAACAACAUGGUAGGUUCUUUACCUCAAGAAAUUGGAAAUAUAAAGGCUGUAACAAAGAUGGAUCUAUCGAUGAAUCAAUUCUCAAAUGACAUUCCUAGAGAAAUUGGAGGCUUGCAAAAUUUGGCACAGCUUUCUCUGAGACACAACAAGUUGCAAGGAUCUAUACCUGACUCAAUUAGCAACAUGGUAGGUUUGGAAUUCCUAGACCUUUCUCAUAAUAAUAUAUCUGGAAACAUUCCCAAUUCUUUGGAGAAGCUUCACAACUUGAAGUAUUUCAAUAUUUCUGUCAACAAAUUGUAUGGUGAAAUACCCUCCGGAGGUCCUUUCAAGAACCUCUCGAGUCAGUUUUUCAUCUACAAUGAAGCAUUGUGUGUUGUUGUUCCUAGCACCUUUAGUUUUUUCUGGAUAAGGUAUAGAAAAGGUAAAAGAGCUCCUCAACUCGCUGAUUCAUUGUCUGCCAUAACAAGAGAAGGAAUUUCAUACUAUGAAUUGAUCCAAGCAACUGAUGCGCUUAGCGAGAGUAAUCUGAUUUGUUCUGGAAGUUUUGGCUCUGUAUACAAAGGUGUUCUAAGAAGUGGAACUGCCAUUGCAGUUAAAGUGUUCAACCUGGAUGCGGCAUUCAAGAGUUUUGAUACGGAAUGUGAAGUUUUGCGUAGCCUUCGCCAUAGGAAUUUCGUAAAAGUCAUUACUAGUUUUUCUAAUCUUGAUUUUAAGGCUUUAGUUCUUGAUUAUAUGCCUACUGGGAGUCUUGAGAAGUAUUUGUAUUCCCACAACUACUUCCUCGACAUCAAGCAGAGACUAAGCAUAAUGAUAGAUGUGGCAUGUGCUUUGGAAUAUCUUCAUCAUGGGUGCUCGUUGUCUGUGAUUCACAGUGACGUGAAGCCUAGUAACGUCUUGCUGGAUGAUGAUAUGGUUGCCCACCUCAGCGACUUUGGCAUUUCAAAACUGCUUGGUGAAGAUCAGGAGUAUGGAAAGGAAGGACUAGUGUCAACAAAGUGUGACGUCUAUAGUUAUGGGGUCAUGUUGCUGGUAACGUUUACUAGGAGAAAGCCUAAUGAGUUUGAGGGAGAUCUUAGCUUGAAACAAUGGGCGAGAUAUUCACUUCCAGAUGCUGUAAUGGAGGUCGUAGAUGCCAACUUGUUAACAUCAACUG